GCUGUUGGAACGAUCCUUAUCUUUCUGUUCAACAGCUCUUUGAUUUUCAGAUCUGCUGUGAUUUGUUUUCUUGGUACUCUUGGCUCUUGGUUCUUUGGUUUUCUGGUUUUCUGGGUGCUGGCAUAAUUCCAAGCUUGCGUUAUUCUUGUGUUGUCAAAUCAUUGUUUCAUCAUGUCUACAAGCAACAAUGAUUCGUUCAAUAUUCGAUUCACUGGUAAGAACUAUUCCUCCUGGGAAUUUCAGUUUCAAUUAUUUGUCACAGGGAAGGACUUAUGGGGUCUAAUAGAUGGAAGUGAUCCAGCCCCUACAGAUCCUACAAAGUUGGCUUCUUGGAAUGUCAAAAAUGCUCGUGUGAUGACAUGGAUGUUAGGGUCUGUUGAUCCUCUUAUUGUCCUCAAUUUGAGGCCUUAUAAAACUGCGAAAUCCAUGUGGGAAUAUUUAAAAAAGGUUUAUCAUCAGGACAAUUCAGCUAGACGUUUUCAAUUGGAGUAUGAGAUUGCUUGUUACUCUCAUGGCAAUCUCUCCAUUCAAGAUUUCUUCUCUGGUUUCCAGAAUUUGUGGACAGAGUUUACUGACAUUGUUUAUGCUACAGUACCCACUGCAUCUCUCUCUGAUGUUCAAAAAGUUCAUGAGCAAAGUAAGAGAGCUCAAUUUUUAAUGAAGUUGCGAUCCGAAUAUGAGGCCAUUCGCUCCAAUUUGAUGAAUCGUGACCCACCUCCAUCCUUAGAUGUUUGCUUUGGAGAAUUACUUCGUGAAGAGCAACGUCUUCUCACACAAGCCACUCUUGAGCAGGGGAGGUUGGGUACUAAUGCUGUUACGGUUGCUUAUGCGACUCAAGAGAAAGGCAAAAAUAGAGAUAUGCGGAAAGUGCAGUGUUACAGCUGCAAAGAAUAUGGACAUAUUGCUCUCAAUUGUAAAAAGCGAUUCUGUAAUUAUUGUAAACAACAAGGGCACAUCAUCAAAGAGUGUCCUACUCGUCCUCAAAAGCGCCAAGUCAAUGCCUUUCAAGCUGUAGUUGGCACUCUGCCUGAUGGACAAUCUCCAGAAGGGGCCAACUAUCAAUUUAUUGCUCCAGCAGUGUCUACAAGCACUCCUACGGGUGCUGGGCCAGCAGUUCUUACUGCUGAUAUGGUACAACAAAUGAUUGUUUCAGCAUUUUCAGCCUUAGGGCUGCAAGGUAAGGGAUCAGGUGACGGGGACGUUAAUCGCGAAGGGGCCUAAAGUUGGGAGAUUGUUUCCACUACAUUUUUCCAUUCCUAGUGUCGUAUCUUUGGCUUGUACUACUGUUAAAACUAAGGGUGAUGUAUGGCAUAAACGUUUGGGUCACCCAAAUUCUCUUGUU